CCCGGGCCCGCGGGCGGGGGGAUCCCUGGGGGCGCACCGGCCGCAGGGGCAGCCCCCACCAUGGAGUUCCGCAAGGAGGAGUUUCGGAAGCUGGCGGGUCGCGCCCUCGGGAGGCUGCACCGCCUUCUGGAGAAGCGGCAGGAAGGUGCAGAGACUCUGGAGCUGAGUGCUGACGGGCGCCCCGUCACGACGCAGACUCGGGACCCGCCGGUGGUGGACUGCACCUGCUUCGGCCUCCCUCGCCGCUACAUUAUCGCCAUCAUGAGCGGUCUGGGAUUCUGCAUCAGUUUUGGCAUCCGCUGCAACCUGGGCGUGGCCAUCGUCUCCAUGGUCAACAACAGCACGACCCACCGCGGGGGCCACCUGGUGGUGCAGAAAGCUCAGUUCAACUGGGAUCCAGAGACUGUUGGGCUCAUACACGGCUCCUUUUUCUGGGGCUACAUUGUCACCCAAAUUCCAGGGGGAUUUAUCUGCCAAAAAUUCGCAGCCAACAGGGUUUUCGGCUUUGCUAUUGUUGCUACAUCCACGCUAAACAUGUUGAUCCCCUCGGCUGCCCGAGUCCACUACGGUUGUGUCAUCUUCGUGAGGAUCCUGCAGGGCUUGGUAGAGGGGGUCACGUACCCCGCCUGCCAUGGGAUCUGGAGCAAAUGGGCCCCUCCCUUAGAGCGGAGUCGCCUGGCGACUACAGCCUUUUGCGGUUCCUAUGCUGGGGCGGUGGUCGCCAUGCCUCUCGCCGGGGUGCUGGUGCAGUACUCAGGAUGGAGCUCUGUGUUCUACGUCUACGGCAGCUUUGGGAUCUUCUGGUACCUGUUCUGGCUGAUCGUCUCUUAUGAGUCCCCCGCACAGCACCCCAGCAUUUCGGAGGAGGAGCGCAAGUACAUCGAAGAAGCCAUCGGCGAGAGCGCCAAACUCAUGAACCCCGUCACGAAGUUUAACACACCCUGGAGGCGCUUCUUCACGUCCAUGCCAGUCUACGCCAUCAUCGUGGCCAACUUCUGCCGCAGCUGGACGUUCUACCUGCUCCUGAUUUCCCAGCCUGCCUACUUCGAAGAAGUGUUCGGUUUUGAGAUCAGCAAGGUGGGCCUGGUGUCAGCGUUACCCCACCUGGUCAUGACCAUCAUCGUGCCCAUCGGCGGCCAGAUCGCUGACUUCCUCAGAAGCCGCCGUAUCAUGUCCACCACGAACGUGCGCAAACUGAUGAACUGCGGGGGCUUCGGCAUGGAAGCCACGCUGCUGCUGGUGGUCGGCUACUCGCACUCCAAGGGCGUGGCCAUCUCCUUCCUGGUCCUCGCGGUGGGCUUCAGCGGCUUCGCCAUCUCUGGGUUCAACGUGAACCACCUGGACAUCGCCCCGCGCUAUGCCAGCAUCCUCAUGGGCAUCUCCAACGGCGUGGGCACGUUGUCGGGCAUGGUGUGCCCCAUCAUCGUGGGUGCCAUGACCAAGCACAAGACUCGGGAGGAGUGGCAGUAUGUAUUCCUAAUUGCCUCUCUGGUGCACUACGGAGGUGUUAUCUUCUAUGGGGUCUUCGCUUCUGGAGAGAAGCAGCCGUGGGCAGAGCCUGAGGAGAUGAGCGAAGAGAAGUGUGGCUUUGUGGGCCAUGACCAGCUGGCUGGCAGUGAUGAAAGCGAAAUGGAGGAUGAAGCUGAGCCCCCCGGGGCGCCCCCUGCUCCCCCUCCCUCCUAUGGGGCCACACACAGCACAAUUCAGCCCCCAAGACCCCCACCCCCUGUGCGGGACUACUGACCACGUGCCUCCCACUGAAUGGCAGUUUCCAGAACCUCCACUCCACACAUCUCGGGGCUGAGUGGCAGUGUCAAGGAACCCCAGUCCUCUCUGCCCUGCCUCAGGCCCAAGAAGCACUCGCCCUUGUUCCUAGUGCUGUCAGAUCUCUCUCCUUUCCCGAUGGCCUCUCAGGGGUAGUGAAGCUGCAGACCGGCGGUUUCAAGGAUACCCAGAUCCCCCUAAAGGUUCCCUUCUCCACUUGUUCUGCCUCAGUGGUUUCAAAUCUCUCCUUUCAGGGUUUUAUUUGAAUGGACAGUUCAAUCUCUCACUCUUUCUCGUGGUUUUGAGGCACCUCCCCCUGUUCCUUCAACCCCAGGGACCCUGAGAUUACUCAGCCCCCUCUCCUUUCAGAAAAACUCAAGGUCUCCCUCUAGAAGUUUCAGAUCUCUCCUAACUCUAUCCUGCACCUUCCAGAUUGGUUUGAUUGAUCACCCACCCUCACCACUUUAGAGAUUGAUUCUCACCAGCGUUUCCGAGGGAAAAUGGCAGUUUCAAGACACCUUCCCCAACCUCUUCACUCCUCCCUCCACCAGCAGAACUGCUGAAACACCAAAUUCCCCAAGACCUCCCUAGCUUCGCACAAUUUCUAGGGAAACAACCAAAAUGGCGGUUUUAUCAGUAUGCCUCACUCCACCCCGAUGCACUUUUUCUGACACAGUUUUCUUCAGGUCUCCAUAGUGGCUGCUCAAGUUCAUCAAUGGUUUGAAGCCACCAGCAUUGAACUUCCCCAUGGUGGUUUCAAGGUGUCCCUCUUCCCCCCACUUCCUUGCACUUUAUUCUCCUGGGUGGUUCCAAACUACCCGUAUCUUCUCAGUGGCCAUUUGUUGUGUCCCUCAGGGGCUAAAUGACUCAAAAUCUGGGAGACUGUCCCUCCCAGACUCCUCUCUUGCAGCUGAGAAUUUGGGGAACGUAGGUAGGCGAAGUCUCAGAAUCCCAGGAAAGGGAACGGGG